AUCAGAGCAUUGAGGUAGGUGAUUUUUCAUUUUUAUAAGAAUGAAAAAAAUGAGUCGAUUUCUCAUCUUUUUAUUCUUCUGUCUUCCAUUUUCCUUUGUCGAACCUCAAAACAAUGGAGUCAGGAACGGCAUAGCCAUUUUUCAUGUUGGAGUGAUUCUCGACUUAACUUCGACAGUCGGGAAUGUUACUGAUACAUGCAUUUCUAUAGCAAUUUCCGAUUUCUACAAAUCUCAUCCUAAUCAGGCUACGAGGGUAGUUACUCAUACACGGAACUCGAAAGGUGACGCUAUUACUGCGACCACUGCAGCCUUAGAUUUGAUAAACACUGUCCGGGUGAAAGCAAUCAUAGGCCUGGAUUCAUCGGUAGGAGCAGAAUUUGUUGCAUAUAUUGCUAGCAAAGCUCAUGUACCAAUCCUCUCCUUAUCUCCUACCCAUUCGUCCAUUUCUUCCACUCAAGUUCCUUACCUUAUUAGAGUUGCCCAAAAUGACUCGUCACAAGUAAAGGCGAUUGCGGCCAUCAUUCAAGCAUACAAGUUUAAGGAAUUAUCCAUCAUUCAUGAUGAUAGCCCAAUUGGGUCCGCUCUGGUGCCAUCCCUUACAGUUGCUCUUUCUGAUGUUGAUGCUCAAGUAUCUAAUAGAACCAUCCUACCGAGCAUGGAAAAUGCAACGAUAAUCAACAAUAGUUUGCUUAAAUUAAAAAGCAUGAAAUCCAAGGUCUUCAUUGUUCAUAUGUCACCCUCUUUAGCUGCCUCUUUCUUCUUAAAUGUUCAUAAGCAGGGAAUGAUGAGUAAAGGGUAUGUGUGGAUUAUCACGACCGCCAUUGCUGAUGUUAUGUCCUACAUGGAGCCUUCCGUUUUAAGUUCCAUGGAUGGUGUUAUCGGUGUCAAAACUGAUGUGCCGGAAACCAAGUCUCUUAAAAAGUUUAGUAUUCAAUACCAAAAGCGUUUUAAGCAGAAUAAUCGAAAAUUAUAUAGACCACAACCUAACAUACAUGCACUGCAGGCAUAUGAUGUAAUGUUUCUGAUGGCUAUGGUAGCUAACAAAGUUCAGCCGCGUUUUAACGAUAAAAACUCUUUAUCACCGCCGGCAAAUGAGAAAGAAAAUCGAAAUGUCUCUGAUUUGUUUGACAAUGGUGUCUCUCUCAUGGGUCCAAAAUUAUUAGAAACAAUUCUGGCGGCAAGAUUUGCAGGGCUCAGUGGUGAGAUUCAGUUUAUAGAUGGGCAGUUAAAGUCAAAUACUUACAAAAUUGUUAACCUUCUUGGUGGAAGUGAUCGAACAAUCGGGUAUUGGACACCGGGGGUUGGCUUUUCGAAGACCCUAAAUCAAAAUGACAUGCAAAAACACUAUUCAGCAAAUGAUGAUGACCUUGCAAGUGUUACAUGGCCAGGAGGGUCCAAAGAUACUCCAACAGCUAUUACCCUAACUGUUGGAGUCCCUUAUAAAACUGGUUUUGUUGAAUUCAUGAAUGCUAGCCAUGAUAACUACACUAACUCGUGGAAGGUAACUGGCUUUUCAAUAGAUGUAUUUGAAAACGUGAUGUAUGGAUUGCCAUAUAAAUAUGAUUAUGUCCCAUAUCAAAUAAAUGGAGCUGCAGCAGGGAAUUACAGUAAUCUAACUUACUGUGUCUACAUGAAGCAAUUUGAUGCUGUCGUUGGAGAUGUGACUAUUGUUGCUGAUAGAUCAAGACAUGUGGAGUUUAGUCAGCCAUAUACAGAACCUGGAGUUCGCAUGAUUAUACGAGACGAAAACCUCACUAAUAGACUCUGGUGGUUUCUAGGGUCUUGGUCAAAGGAUCUGUGGUUUACAACCAUCGCAUUCUUCCUGCCGACUGGGUUUUGUGUUUGGAUAUUUGAAAGAGGCAAAAACUCAGAAUUCCAAGGACCAUUAUCACAACAAUUGGGGAAAUAUCUCUCCUUUAGCUUUUCAAUUUCAGUUUUUGCACAUAAAGAGCAACUUGAAAGCAACUACUCUAGAUUCAUUGUGAGCCUAUGGAGCUUUGCGGUUUACAUUCUAAUGGGAUGCUUCAUUGCAAAUUUAACAUCUAUGUUGACGGUCAAGAAUCUUCAAAUCGAUAGAGUUACUGGAUUUGUUGGGUACCAAAAUGGAUCAUUUGUACACGACCUCUUGAUCAAUGAUUUAGGAUAUCACCCCUCGAAGCUCGUUAAACUUUCUACAAUAGAUGAGUACGCCAGCGCUCUAAGAAAUAGAAGCUUGUCUGCAAUCUACGAUGAGAUACCUUAUAUUAAAGUUUUCCUGGCCCGCCAUUGCAGUGAGUUCACAGUUGCUGGACCUACAUAUCAAGCUGGCGGCUUCGGCUUUGUUUUUCCACUAGAGUCUCCACUGGUAUCCUAUGUUUCUCAGAGGGUUUUGGAGUUCACAGAGAGAAACACGAAAGAUGUUGAAGGAAAAUGGUUUGGUACUCACUCAUAUGCAUGUUAUGAUACUUCCCAGAAUGAUAAUACAGCAUCGAGCCAGCAGCUUCAUUUUUAUAGCUUCAGAAACGUCUUCGUCACUGUGGGGGUUGCAUCAGCCUUAACUCUCUGUUUAUCUUUGCUUCUAAUUUGGUAUGUAAAAGUACAAAACAAAAUGCCAGUCUAUCUGAUACGGUAAUACCGACAGAUAAUACUGAAAUCCCCAUGGAGAGAACCAGAGUCAUCAUGAUAGACCAAAUUCAUGAACAAGAGUCAUAUCUUACUUAAUGCUUGGCGAAAAGCAGGAAUUUGCAGAAAAUCUCAAGGUGACAAACCAAAACAACCAUGUUUAAAUUAUUACAUGAAAAAAACUAAGAAAAAUGUAAUGCCCGCGAAAACAAAUAGGUAAAGAUUUUAUAUAUUUUUUGUCUUUUUUUGUCGUUACUUUAUGGUUCAAUUUCUACCUGAGGUCAUGCCUUCGACGCCAAAAAUUUCAUGAGAACAAUAUCAUGGAUAUACAUCCCUCCAGCUUCUUCCAUGGUGUGGAAAAAAAAGGAAACAUCAAUUCUUCUCAAACAAGUGAAACCUUCACUUUUGCUUGCAGACUGCAGUAUUAUAGAUCUAAUCUUUCUCAUGCUUAAUUCAUGUCACUCAGCUGGAUUUCAUUAUUAUGAUCCCUUCUAAAAUCUCAUCCAUACACCUAAUGAAGAUCUAUAGCUACUGCAGGAUCCCUCUGUCUCUCUUUUCCUCUCACCCUCUUUAUCAAUAGUAAGAAAAACAGAUAGCCAUCUUCUGACUCCAUUUCAUUUAUCAUGCUAGUGGCUGUUGUUCUCUUAUAUCCAUGAUUCCAUUUCAUUUAUCAUCCUGCAACUCUGAUUCUGCCUUCUUCAGGACCUGGUCUAGAUACCUUAUUCUACCAGGCUGCAAUAUCACGAAUGAAAGAACCAGACAGUGAGCAGAGAGGAACAAGGAUUUGUAACAAGAAGGAAUGUACUAGCACAUUAGUACACAGUAAACAUUGGUGAACUCAAAUGAAUAAGGAAAACAGAAAGUAAUUUAUCAACAUGAACCCGAGAAUGCGCGUACAAAUUCAAGAACAAAAGUAAUUGCAAGUAGCAAACAGUGCACACCUCAGAGAUGCAGAGCGCACCAGUAGUUGUAUUGAUUGUAGUUAGAUACUGAAUACAAAUUAAUCUUUUCCUCUCAUUGCUACCACUGAUUAAGAAGAGCUUGGUACCUCAAAUGUGAUAGAUAGAUUGACAAUCUGACAAACUGUAACCACCCAGAAUAGGAGAAUUUACACAUCAUCUCUUCCUUAAUAAGAAAUUUUUCGAAAAAUCAUUGUGAAAUAUGGAUUUCUUAACUGCUCUUUUACACUUCCUUGUUAUGGGUUUCUUGGCUUGUGCGCUGCACUUGAAUAUUAGUAGCACAAGGAGCUGGAGUGACAUUCUAGAGAUAUGAGUUUGUUAUUAUAUGAAGUUUUGGGGGCCAGUCACAACAGUACAUGAUAAAAUUAUGUAUAACAAAAUAAGUAAUAUUUUGUAAAAGUCCAGUGCACAAUAUCUUUACCACAGUAGCUCAUAACUUGUACUUUCUGAGAGAGGGAGGGUGAGAAAACCUAUGUUGAUGAGCAUAAUUCUCCCAGAUCAUCAAAUCUAAGGCUACAACAGCCACUGUUUCUAGUGCUGCUAACCAAGAGCUGUUGAUAAAAAAUGAGAUGAAAAAAUCUUGUGAGGUUUAUUAUUCA